AUGGCUGAACCAGAACUGAAAAAGAGCAAAGUCUCAAUGCUAGAAGUAAAAAGUCGCUCGAAUACUCGUUCUAUGGCGGCCUUAGGUCCCAAAUCUAUGAGUAGGCUGAAGGUGCGCCGUCAGUCCUAUGGGUUUGGUGGAGUACCUGGCAUACGGCCUGUGGAGAGAACGUCAAAUCUUGCCAUCGAGUUUAAACGUCCGCCUCUCUUAUUCCUACCGACUUACCAGCUGAAUCCAAACUAUCCUUUUCAUGUUCCAACGGUACAAAAUGCAGCCGACGCCUUGCUUGAUGAACAUUUUACGGACCAUAAAUAUAACGCACAGGAGUCUCCAGCACUAGCUUUACGUUUAGCUGGAGAACUAAUGCGCAAUUUGAAGUCUUUGCAAUUCAAUCGAUACAGAAUCAUCACAGUGGUCACCAUCGGACAAAAGAGAGCCCAGAGCUAUAAUAAUGCUAUUUCUUUCCUUUGGGAUCAUGAGAGAGACAACUACAUAGAUAGGCAGAGAGAGGUGAACUCUGCGUUCAUUCAAGUUACCGUUUUUGGCAUUUAUUUAGAUUAA